CUGUGUUUUUUGUGAAUGAAAGAAUCCAACCUCAGAGAGCAGCGGAGUAAUUCCGGGAAAAGGCGGACUGACAUUUUGUCGCCAGAGUCGCUUCGACCCAGCAGAGUGUCUUUAUCUGUGUUGGCUGGUGCUUGGGGGAGUCGAAUCAUGACAUCAGAAAGAAACAGCAAAGCCCUGAAGGUGAAACAGGAAUGUGGCGAGAACGUGCCCGUCCUGUCGGACAACGAGCUCAUGUCCCUAACAGUACGAGAGCUGAACCUCCACCUGCGCGGCAUGUCCCGCGACGAGAUCCAGAAGCUGAAGCAGCGCCGGCGCACCCUGAAGAACCGGGGCUACGCCGCCAGCUGCCGAGUCAAGCGGGUGUCCCAGCGCGAAGCCCUGGAGCUGCAGAAGACGGAACUCCAGAGGGAGGUGGAGAGGCUCGGGGCGGAGAACGCCGGCAUGAGGAAAGAGCUGGAGGGGCUCGGCGCGCGCCUGGCCGCGCUCCAGAGGUUCGCCCGCGGCCUGGAGGCCGGAGGGGGCAACCUGCUAGCUACGGCGCCGCGCCUCAACACCGCCUCAGUCAUCACCAUCGUCAAGAGUCCGCCUCAGCCACAGAGAGAUCAGAAGCCGUCCUAGAAGGAGCUGCUGGACCUGGGGGGGGGCGCACAACAUGCAAUGCAAACACACAUAUAUAUACUAUACACACACACGCCGGAGAACAGGAAGACGAUUUUAGUAGGAAAAUACUAAGCACUUGUCUGCGUUACGCCUCGUUCACAUUUUUUAAAUUCUAUAGGAUUCAUAUAUGCAGGAGUGUUGACGGAGUGGCGUGUGACGUCACCUAACAGACAACAGCUAUGCUUCGUUUUCUAAAGCAAGGGGCUUUGGAAAAACAGUUGAAAACCCAUCUUGGACCGGUGGAGGUGUCCUCCACUUAACGCCGUUUUAUGACACUGCAGCUUAGUUGACUGAAAUUUUACUUAUUUCGAUUUAUGUCCGGAAAGAUGCAGCAGGUUCAAUGUGAACGAGGCGUCGAGCACUGAUGCACUCACAGUCAUCACACACGCACAAAAACCCCUCACACUCAAGACUAACUGGACUCUGACUGAAGCCAGAACCAACACAACCAGAGUUACUGUACAUGUUUUUCACUGCUCAACAAAAAACCCAGCUCUGUUCAAGACGCUGGUGCUCUCCGAUUGUGCUACCGCAAGGCUUCUCUCUCUCUCUGCUUCAGGUUGUUAUGGCACCCGACCAACAGCGAAAACGUCAGGGCGGAGCGGACGCGUAUUCAGCUUCCUCUAGCUCCACGACGCCUGCAUUCCUGGUUCAGUCUGUAGCUGUUUCUCAUACCAGCCCAGGCCUCUCUGCUACCGUGCAAGGAAAGUUGGGCAACACUUCAUUUUAUAGGUCACCAAAUUUCACGGUAAUUAGGUGAUGAAUAGAAAGUAACCUAUUUGAAACUUCUUUGGAAUUACUCCCAAAUUACCCCAAUAUUUACCUCAAAAUUUAUCAAAAAUGACUUUAUUGUAAACAUUAUUUAAUAAUUAUAUUCCGCUA